AUGGCUGACGACGAGCGGAGCCCGGCCGGGGCUGGGGAGGGGUCUGGGGGCUUCGUCCUCUUACGAGCCCCCAGCUGCGGCAGCGCCAGGAAGGGCUGCGACCCCUUCGCCCAGACCCAGCGCAGCAAACUACAGCACCGCCGGGCUCGGAUCAACCAGCAGAUCAACAAGGAGAUGCGGAUGCGCGCCGGGGCGGAAAACCUCUUCAGGGCCACCAGUAACCACAAGGUCAAGGAGACAGUUGCCUUGGAGCUGAGCUACGUCAACUCCAACCUGCAGCUGCUGAAGGAGGAGCUGGAGGAGCUCAACAGCUGCAUGGAUGUCUACCAGAACGACAGCGAGUCCAUCAGCGUCCCUAUGAUUCCCUUGGGUCUGAAGGAGACGAAGGAGCUGGAUUUGCUGCUACCGCUGAAGGAUUUCAUCAGCGAGCACUACGGAGAGGAGGGGACCUUGUUUGAAAAGGAAAUCAGGGAGUUCAUGGAGCUGCGGCAGGCGAUGCGCACCCCCAGCCGAAACGAGGCCGGGCUCGAGCUCCUCAUGGAGUAUUACAACCAGCUCUACUUCCUCGACAGCCGCUUCUUCCCCCCCAGCAAAAGCCUGGGGGUCUUCUUCCACUGGUACGACUCCCUGACGGGGGUCCCGUCCCACCAGCGGGCGCUGGCCUUCGAGAAGGGCAGCGUCCUCUUCAACAUCGGAGCCCUGCACACCCAGAUCGGGGCACGGCAGGACCGUGCCACCCUGCCAGGGCUCAACCAGGCUAUCGAUGCCUUCCAGAAGGCGGCCGGUGCCUUUAACUACUUGAAGGAAAACUUCUCCAACGCUCCCAGCCUGGACAUGAGCGCGGCUUCCCUCACCAUGCUGGUGCAGCUGAUGAUCGCCCAGGUCCAGGAAUGUGUCUUCGAGAAGGUGACCUUGCUGCGCGCCCAGAAGGACUUUCUCACGUGGCUGCAGCUCGCCCAAGAGGCAGCCAGGGUGGAAGACGCCUACUCGCUGGUGCACCAGACCAUGACCCAAGCCCACGUGAAGGAUUACGUGCCCUUCUCUUGGACCACCAUGGUCCAGGUCAAGUCAGAGCAUUUCAAGGCCCUCUCCCACUACUUCUCUGCCACCGCCCUCUGCGACUGCCCCGCGGCAUCCGACGCUGAGCUGCCGGAGCACGAGAAGGCUUUUAUCCAGUUCCACGUCACCAUGCCGGAGGGGCCGUCGCUCCGUGUCCUGCUGCAGGAUCCUGAAGAAAGAAGGAAGCUGGGCAAAGCUCACCUGAAGAAAGCCAUCAUGAAGCACGAGGAGGCCAUGAGGAUCCACGGCUUGUGCAAGAUCCUGCGGAAGAUGGACAUCCUCCAGGAGGUCCUCUCCUUCGCCCACAAGCGCUCGCUGAGCAAAUACUCUGAAAUUGACCACGAGGAGGACUUUUUUGAAACUGGGGAUGCUCCAGAUAUUCUCCCCAAAACGCAUCAGAAGCCAGAGAUCAAACCGCCCAACUUCUCCCAGGUGAAGGUGACCGACCUCUUCCACAGGCUGGGGCCCCUCUCAGUUUUCUCGGCCAAAAACAAGUGGUACCCGGUGCGGAGAGUCCACCUGAGGAGAGGAGCCAACGGCUUUGGGUUCACGCUGCGGGGAGACUCCCCCGUCCUCAUCGCCGGCGUCAUCCCGGGGGGCUGUGCUGCUGAAGCCGGGCUGAAGGAGGGCGACUACAUCAUCUCGGUGAACGGCAAGGACUGCAAGUGGUCCAAGCACGCUGAAGUGGUGCAGCUGCUGAAGAGCACCGGCGAGGAGGGUGUGGAGAUCGGCGUGAUAACCCUGCAGGGCGCGGAGGGGCCGAGAGCUGCGGAGAAGAAGGCUGCGGCGAUGUCCUCGGGCAGCGGGCUGCUGAAGAGCAACAAGGAGAACAGCCGGAAGAGCCUGAUGAACAGCAAGAGCGCCAGCACGCUGCUGAUCUGGAACAAGAAGAGCAAGCGGAGCAAGAACAGCACUUACAGCGUCCCCUUCACCGCUGUGGGAGACAACGAGGCCAUGUACUGAGGCACCUACCGGGCUAGGUUGUGUCCCACGAGCUCUGGGGCUGGCUGUCCGUCAACCCUCACAAGGCUCUCCGGGCUGCGCUGGCGUCGUGGCUGCAUGGAGCACCCCUGGAGGAUGCCGGGACCCCCCCCGGGGACGCGCCGCUGGUCGGACCCUCUCCGAGGAGACGAGCCAUGCACAGCCCCUGGCGCUGCUGAUCGCCAGACUCCUCCGUCUCCUGCGUUAAAACAGUCCUCGGCCAAACAACGGGGGGGAAAACACUGGUUUAUGAUUAUUAUUUCUUCUUUUAAGGGGUCGGGGAGCUGUGCUUCGGUAUAAAGCAGGGCCUGGUUUGCGUCUUCUGCUCAGUGCGAGGAGCAGCCAAACCAAGCCCAGCCAUUAAAGCAAAAGCUGUAACCUUUUCUAGCGUCUCGUAGGCUUUCUCUGCAAGGUAGAAGGCAGAGCCAAGUCGUUCAGGAGCUCCUGCCCGGCGGCACCGUUGGAGGAAGGUGGAGAGGGUUUCAGUUUUGCAAGCCCCAGGUUAACAAAGCCCGGCGGGGCAGGCUGCACAUGGAGAUCACAUUCGAAUUCCCAGUUUUGGGGAGAGUUUAGCUCGGGCACCGAUGACAGUGUCACAGGGUCUGGGACAGAUUUCCCCGGGUGGUUUGGCAGCACCAAGCUGUGCAUCCUUGCCGUGACACCGAGGGGUGUCCUAGCGAGCUGUUAAAGCCAGGAUGGGGUCGAUGUGUCCCCAUCACCAGGUGGCAGCGUGUCAGAUCCUCCAUCGUCAUCAGCAAGGAGGCAGCUCGUGGGCUGCAUGUUCCCGUGCGUUUUGCAAAUAGCAUAUGUUUGGUCACAUCGAAGCGAGCUCACAUAGAAGAAACACGAGCACAGGCUUGUGCUGUGCUGAAUUAGGGCUCCUGGGCAGGUUUUUUUUUUUUUUAAUGAGCACCCAGCUUUGCCCAGCAAACGCAGCCUGGCUGCACAGCCUGCUUCUUUGGAAGAAAAGGGAAAGACUUAAUGUGCAUUUGUUGUCUCGCUUUUUUUAAUCAGUAGAGGUGGAUUGCCCUAAAUAUGUGAGUAGAUUAAUAGCUAAGAGCCUUGUUUCUUACUUGGUAUGAGAUUAAAAUUCCAGGAAGAUAGCUCCUCCAGAUUAUUAAACUACUAAAUUUGUGCUAGUAUUGGAUCUUGCACACGUUGCUAAUACCCUAACACUGUGCUGUCAGCAUUCGUACCAGAGCUGGCCUGAUGGAUACAUGCAUCUUGGUAAUUGUACUGGAAAUGCAGGGAGACUCCGAAUACGCACGAGAUAGAUUGGCAAAAUUUUCUCAAUCCCAUUUCUGCCUUGUGCAUUAUUUUUCUGAAAGCUAAAGAGCUGUCUGGUCUUGAGUGCUUGGAUGAUCUUGGUUAGGUAUAAAAUACCCUUCAGAGAUGCAAUUGUAUUUUUGUACUUUUUAAGUCGUGACAAAUUCGGAGCGAGAGCUUAACGAAAUGAGCCGAGCACGUGGGUGCCUUCGGGCUGGCAGCAGGACACUGCUCGGGGUCGUACCUCCACUUCUUGGUGGCCCGGUGCCCACGUGCCAAGCUUUCGGCCCAGGUUUUAUUUCGGGAGAACUGGAGGAGGGCUUCUAGCUCUGCCUUCCUUGCCGAGAAGCCUCUCCGCUUGCGCGAUGCGAGACCUAGACGCCGUCAGACGGGAUUACGGCGCUGGCUGCCACCGCGAGGCCAUCUGCUGCAGUCAGAUUUUCUGCCUAAUCUUGCCAGCUGCUCGGCGCGGGGCGGUGAGACUCAGGCAAGGGCCUUGCCAUGAACACAUCCCGGCAGCAAACUCCACUGAUCCCAAAUGUCUUGGAGCUAGAGGUGUAUUUAUUUAAAAAAAAAAAAAAAAAAGCGUGCACACGCAGCGGCUGCGGGCAUCGUGGGUCCUCCUGCAUCACCCGACCCUUCCGUUGGCGUUGCCGGAGGGGUUGCGUUUUGUGCGAGCUGGAUAUUUUUCCUAACACCAGUGUUUUGGUUUUUAAUUUGUACGUGGACUCUCACCUUUUAUGGAUUAAAACGCACUGCUUUGAAAACA